AGUCCCUUAUUCAACCGUCUUCAUUUAUUCUGCAAAAGUAGCAGCAGCUCAGCCCUGAGCGUCUCCUGUCUCACUUGUGGGAGUCUCAUUCAGGGAUCGUUUCCACCUGGAUGUUUGAGGUUGUGUAGAUGUGGCCGGCACCCUUGAGAGUGGAACUGGGGGGUGCAGACUGAACACUGAACGGAAGGAGCCUUGGACAGGGCUGGGCCAGUCUCUCGGGUUCCAGGAGCGGAUUGCAAACCCACCGGGAAAAUGAGCGAAGAGACGGUCCCUGAGGCUGCCUCGCCGCCGCCCCCGCAGGGGCAGCCUUACUUUGACCGCUUCUCAGAGGAUGACCCCGAGUACAUGCGUCUUCGCAACCAGGCAGCAGACCUGCGGCAGGACUUCAACCUAAUGGAGCAGAAGAAGCGCGUCACCAUGAUCCUGCAGAGUCCUUCUUUCAGGGAGGAGCUGGAAGGCCUCAUCCAGGAGCAGAUGAAGAAGGGGAACAACUCCUCCAACAUCUGGGCCCUGCGGCAGAUCGCGGACUUCAUGGCCAGCACCUCCCACGCAGUCUUCCCAACAUCUUCCAUGAAUGUCUCCAUGAUGACACCCAUUAAUGACCUCCACACCGCUGACUCCCUGAACCUGGCCAAAGGGGAGCGGCUCAUGCGGUGCAAGAUCAGCAGUGUCUACCGACUCCUGGACCUCUAUGGCUGGGCCCAGCUGAGUGACACCUAUGUCACGUUGAGAGUCAGCAAGGAGCAGGACCACUUCCUGAUCAGCCCUAAGGGAGUUUCUUGCAGUGAAGUCACAGCGUCCAGCCUGAUCAAGGUGAACAUUCUGGGAGAGGUGGUGGAGAAGGGCAGCAGCUGCUUCCCAGUGGACACCACGGGCUUCUGUCUGCACUCGGCCAUCUAUGCAGCCAGGCCCGACGUGCGCUGCAUCAUCCACCUGCACACACCGGCCACAGCAGCGGUGUCGGCCAUGAAGUGGGGCCUCCUGCCUGUCUCCCACAAUGCCCUGCUGGUGGGGGACAUGGCCUAUUACGACUUCAAUGGGGAAAUGGAGCAGGAAGCCGAUCGGAUCAACCUGCAGAAGUGCCUUGGACCCACCUGCAAGAUCCUGGUGCUAAGAAACCAUGGAGUGGUUGCUCUGGGUGACACCGUAGAGGAAGCAUUUUACAAGAUUUUUCACCUGCAGGCUGCAUGUGAGAUACAG